AUGUCGAGUACCGUGGGUAAUGUGGGUAUGGAACAAUUGAUUCCAAUUGUUAAUAAACUCCAAGAUGCUUUUACUCAACUUGGAGUGUCUAUGCAAUUGGAUCUUCCCCAAAUUGCUGUUGUGGGUGGUCAAAGUGCGGGAAAAAGUUCUGUUUUAGAAAAUUUUGUUGGAAAAGACUUCCUGCCAAGAGGAUCAGGGAUUGUAACAAGAAGACCACUCAUUUUACAACUCAUCCACAGCACUACUGAAUAUGCAGAAUUUUUGCACUGUAAAGGCAAAAAAUUCGUGGAUUUCGAUGAGGUUCGUAGAGAAAUCGAAGCUGAAACUGAUCGAGUUACAGGAAGUAAUAAAGGAAUAUCGAAUGUACCCAUAAACUUGAGAGUUUAUUCGCCAAAUGUCUUGAACUUGACUCUGAUUGAUUUGCCCGGUCUUACAAAAGUUCCAAUCGGUGAUCAACCUGCUGAUAUUGAAAAUCAAAUUAAAGGAAUGAUUUUCCAAUUCAUAAAAAAAGAUAAUUGUCUUAUAUUAGCAGUGACACCAGCAAACACUGAUUUAGCUAACAGUGAUGCUUUAAAACUUGCCAAAGAAGUGGAUCUUCAAGGUGUCAGAACAAUUGGUGUUAUCACUAAGCUCGAUCUUAUGGACGAAGGUACAGAUGCACGAGAUAUUUUGGAAAAUAAAUUAUUACCCUUGCGACGUGGAUACAUUGGUGUGGUGAACCGAAGUCAGAAGGAUAUUGAUGGAAGGAAAGACAUUAAAAAUGCUUUGGCAGCUGAAAGGAAAUUUUUCCUCAGCCAUCCAUCAUAUCGACAUUUGGCAGACAGAUUGGGAACACCGUAUUUGCAGCGAGUUCUUAAUCAACAAUUGACUAACCAUAUUCGAGAUACUCUACCUGCAUUACGUGAUAGAUUACAAAAGCAAUUGUUGACUUUGGAAAAAGAUGUUGAACAGUAUAAGCAUUUUAGGCCGGAUGAUCCUGCCAUUAAAACAAAAGCUAUGUUACAGAUGAUUCAACAACUACAAUCAGAUUUUGAAAGAACUAUUGAAGGCUCUGGAUCUGCUCAAAUAAAUACAAUGGAAUUGAGUGGUGGUGCUAAAAUAAAUCGAUUGUUCCACGAAAGAUUUCCUUUCGAAAUUGUUAAAAUGGAAUUUGAUGAAAAGGAAUUACGCAGAGAGAUUGCAUUUGCAAUCAGAAAUAUUCAUGGUAUUAGGGUGGGACUCUUCACUCCUGACAUGGCCUUUGAAGCUAUUGUGAAAAAACAAAUAAAUAGGUUAAAAGAGCCAAGUUUAAAAUGUGUUGACCUAGUCGUACAAGAACUUAGUAAUGUUGUGCGCAUUUGUACAGAUAGGAUGUCACGCUAUCCUAGACUAAGAGAAGAAACUGAACGAAUAAUUACUACUUACGUCAGACAACGAGAACAGCUUUGUAAAGAACAACUUAUUCUUCUCGUUGAUUGCGAGUUGGCUUAUAUGAAUACUAAUCAUGAAGAUUUUAUUGGUUUUGCCAACGCGGCCGCCAGUAUUUAUAAUUCAAGCGCUCAACAAUCUUCCGAGAACGCUGUUAAAGCUGGACGUCAUACACUUGGCAAUCAAGUUAUACGUAAAGGUUACAUGUGUAUCCAUAAUUUAGGUAUUAUGAAAGGUGGUUCAAGAGACUACUGGUUUGUUUUAACAUCUGAGAGUAUAUCUUGGUUUAAAGACGAAGAGGAGCGUGAAAAAAAAUACAUGUUACCACUGGAUGGCUUAAAACUUCGUGAUCUUGAACAAGGAUUCAUGUCACGACGUCAUUUAUUUGCGCUAUUUAACCCCGAAGGUCGUAACGUUUAUAAAGAUUAUAAGCAACUUGAGCUUAGUUGUGAAACUCAAGACGAUGUUGAUUCUUGGAAAGCAUCUUUCUUGCGAGCUGGUGUUUAUCCUGAGAAAUCAACAGAAGCAGCCAAUGGUGAUGGCGAGGGUGGUAAUGAAGGUCAGUCCUCAAUGGAUCCACAAUUGGAACGUCAAGUGGAGACGAUAAGAAACUUGGUUGAUUCAUACAUGAAAAUAGUUACAAAGACUACUCGAGAUCUUGUUCCAAAAACAAUAAUGCAUUUAAUAAUCAAUAACGCCAAGGAUUUUAUAAAUGGAGAAUUAUUAGCUCAUUUAUAUGCCAGUGGUGAUCAGUCUUCAAUGAUGGAAGAGUCACCGGAAGAAGCUCAGAAACGAGAAGAAAUGUUGCGAAUGUAUCAUGCAUGCAAAGAAGCUCUACGUAUAAUUGGAGAUGUAUCAAUGGCUACUGUAUCAACACCUGUGCCACCACCAGUGAAAAAUGAUUGGCUUGCAUCGGGUGAAAACCCAAGAUUGUCGCCACCGUCACCAGGAGGUCCUAGACGUGGUGUGACUCAACCUCCACCACCUGCAAGUUCACGAGCACCACCACCAGUACCAGCAGGUGGACGACCAGCUCCAGCUAUCCCCAACCGACCUGGACCUGGAGGUCCACCACCAUCACGUGGAACACCCGGGCUUCCACCUCCCCUAAUCCCAUCUCGCGGAGGUAUCCAACAAAGAGUGACUCAAGCCGCGACACAAGCUGCUGCUAAUGCUGCUGUGAACGAGCUGAUGGAUGCAUUCAGGAUCAAGUAA